AUGAAGCCGAAGGACACAAUGCGUCCGGAGAUCACGGAAGCCGGUGGAGGGCCCAACGCGCAUCGCGACAGCGUCAUCGCGUUCGAUACAAUGGAUGUAAUGCUAUUGGACAGUCAAAGUUCCGCUCCGGUCGGUUCCCAUGUUGGCAGCCAGCGUUCGAGCUUUUCCAGUGCAGGAACCGUAAUCGCUCCGCAAACGCUUGCGGCUAUUCCACUCGAUACGGGUCACGCGUUCCGGGACGAUCUCGGCCAUGGGUUGCAGGUCGAUACGCGCGGUGCCACCGAGUUCUACCGCGUUGACGACGAUAGCUAUAGACCGUUUACGAUUUACGGUGGAAGUGGUGAUGGCAAGGGCAAAAUCGCCACCCUACCCGCAUCCACAACGGGGUCGCUGAGCUCGAUAAUAACGACAUCAAUUGCAUCUUCCGAGCCGGACCGGGGCGAUCACCGUAGUGGCGGUGGUGGCGGUACCGGCUGCUCCGGAAGUCUGGCCGAUGAAACCAGCGAUGGUGGACCUCUUGAGCAGAAGUGCGUUGUUGGAAGUGGAGGCAUUGUUGGUGCAAAUGGAGCCGGUACGGAUGAUGGUGGUGCUGGGGACGACGCGGGUCGAGAGCAUGGCCAUGGGACCGGUAUACUGCAGGAGAAGUGGUGGUAUAUGACACUUCAGAUCGCCAUACCAUUCUUCGUUGCCGGUGUAGGCACCAUCGGCGCAGGCAUCAUCCUAGGUCAUGUUGAGAACUGGAAGGUUUUCGUUCAUAUCUCGGAGCUGUUCAUUCUGGUGCCAUCGUUGCUAGGGCUGAAGGGUAAUCUGGACAUGUGCCUGGCAUCACGACUCUCAACACAGGCAAACCUUGGCAAUAUGUCGGGAAGACGUGAGAUCUUUCAUAUGAUACUUGGCAACAUAGCAUUAGUGCAAGUGCAGGCAACGGUAGCUUCUUUCAUAGUGUCCAUGUUUGCCGUUGCCGUCGGUGCGAUUAUUAAUGGAACCAUAAUCUUCGAUCACGUGAUGUUGCUAACAGCCUCGGCCAUGUUCACUGCCACCAGUUCCUGCUUUGUGCUAGAUUUCGUCCUAGUGGCUGUGAUCCUUAUUUCGAGCAGAACAACAAUGAACCCCGACAACUUAGCUACGCCUCUGGCAGCAUCGAUUGGCGAUGUGGUUUCAAUAUCGUUGCUAGCCGGCAUUGCAACGCUAUUGUUCGAAAACAUUGAUACACACCUUUGGGUGACGUUCGUGAUGGUAGCCGUUUAUGUGUUUUUGCUGCCGUUUUGGAUGCUCCUCGUUUACCGCAACAAAUACACACGAUCCGUACUUUCGACGGGAUGGGUUCCCGUGUUGUCUGCGCUGUUCAUCAGCGGCAUGGGCGGGCUGGUACUGGAUAAAGCCGUCGGUAUAUUCAACGGGUUCGUGGUGUUUCAGCCAAUCAUUAACGGUAUCGGCGGUAACCUUGUAUCAGUGCAAGCGAGCAAGAUAUCUACAAUGCUGCACCAGAGCUCUAUUAUCGGUAUUAUACCACCGCACGCUAAGAUUUUUGAGCUGCCUUGGAAAGCUCUAUUUCAUGGAGUUCCAUAUGCUAGAACCGCACGGAUACUCAUUGCGAUGUCAAUUCCCGGUCAAGUGUUGUUUAUCUUUGUAGCGGAUUACAUUCACAUGUCGCGCUCCACGAUUGGCGUACCUUUCGUGCUUUCCUACCUAUUCGUUAGCACGCUACAGAUUAUGCUGCUACUUUAUAUUGCUCAUGUGAUUAUCCACCUGAUGUGGAAAUGGAAGAUCGACCCAGACAACUCGGCUAUUCCAUACCUGACUGCGCUGGGUGACUUGUUUGGUUCAAGCUUCCUGAUGCUGGCAUUCCUUUUCCUUCGCUCGAUCGGUCACCCGUACGGUGAAAAGUCCACCGAAACCGUCGAUGGAUUUGGACUGCUAUCUACGCCCGAGAUGACUACCAUUAGCGGAGGCACAACAGUAGCGUAGAUGCCACGUACCAAAGAGCACAACCAUUACAAAGUUUUUAUCUAACGAAGGAUUUGGAAAAUGUAGAUGGUAAACCUUUAACUAAACGGUCCAUUGCAGUCGAAGCGAAAGA